AUUCGUAAUAAUUAGAAGGGAGAAGCUGAUUUCAAGUCAUAUGGAGAAACUGAAAGCAAAUCCACGUAUCAAUGAAGUAGAUCCUGAAAGCUUGAGAUGGACUCCUUUAUUAGUUUCUAAUGCUGCAGUUUCUGAAGAAGAGAGGGAAGCCGAAAAGGAGGCUGAGCGUCUGAUGGAACAAGCUAGCUGCUGGGAAAAGGAAGAGCAAGAAAUAUUCUCCACGAGAACUAAUAGUAGGCAAUCACCUGCAAAAGUACAAUCUAAAAAUAAAUAUUUGCGAUCUCCAGAGAGUGUGGCAGUGGUGGGAGAGCGAGGGCAACCCACAGAGCCAGCUAAGGAAAGCAGCGAGGAGGAUGGCGGGGAUGAGAAUCAGCAGAGUUCGCCUCCCCGGCUGACAAAACCUCAGUUACUGGCCAUAAAGAGAAAGCGUCCCAUGCCACAGCUGGAACCUACCUGUGAGAUGGAUGGGGAAGAUGAUGACUUGAAGCCUGUGAUUAGAAAAGCUUUUGAGUACCAACCUGGGCAGCAGAAACAGGAGAAGGAGGAGGAGGAAGAAGAGGAGCACAACAAAGAGGAUAAAGAUAUUCAUUGUUACAGAAGUGAUGACAAUUGUGCAAAUAAUACAGAGGAUGUAGCUGUGUUGGAAGAAAGCACUAAAGACAAUCUUGAACCUUUAAAGAGUAAGCAGGGUUGGCCCAAAGGAGUUAAGCGUGGUCCAUCUAAAUGGAGACAAAGCAAAGAAAGAAAACCUGGCUUUAAGCUUAAUUUAUACACUCCACCUGAGACUCCUAUGGAGCCUGACUAUCAGGUGCUGGUGGAGGAACAGAAGGAAGUAGUGGAAGACAAGCCCUGCUCAGUUCCUGCUGUUACAGAGGAAGCGAUUAAAGAGCCUGUUGAAGUAUUACCACCACCAGAUGAUGAGGUAAAAGAGGUAGAACCUGAACCUCUGCGUCCACCCAGUGAACCCUUUGAAAAACAAGAAAAUGAUGUGAUGAAAGCUGGGGAAGAAGAAAAGAAUGUAGAAGAAGGUGGAAUCAGUUCAAAAGAUCAAGAAAAAGACAAAUCAGAAGACGUGUUUCUGCAAAAAGAGGAGUCCGUGCAUUUGGACGAUCAGGAGGAGGAGGAGGAGGAGGAGGAGGAACCUUCCCACAAUGAGGAUCAUGAUGCAGAUGAUGAAGAUGAUAGCCACAUGGAUUCAACAGAGGUGGAGAAAGAGGAAUUGCCUGGUGAAGCUUUCAAAGAAAUGCUGGAAACGCAGCAGUCUUUUUUAGACGUAAAUGUUCAAACUGGUAAUGCAAAUCAGGAGGACUUAAUGGAUUGUGGUGUUGACCUUGCAGCUGAUGAGUGUGAAAAUGACCAGAAAGAACUUGCUGCAGAUUCAGACCCAGUGCCUGAAUCUGAUGAUGAUCGUACAGAUAGCAACCAGGACCAAAAAGCUGGUGAAGAAUUACAUUGCAAUUUCAAGGGAGAGAGUACAGAGACCAUGGAGAUCGAUUCAGAGACAGUUCAAGCAGUACAGUCUCUAACCCAAGAAGCAAGUGAACAUGAAGAUACGUUUCAGGACUGUGCAGAGACUCAAGAGGCCUGUAGAAGUUUGCAAAACUAUGCCCAUAAUGACCAAAGUCCCCAGAUGACCACACUGGAUGAUUGUCAGCAGUCUGACCACAGUAGCCCAGUUUCAUCUGUGCAUUCUCAUCCCAGCCAGUCAGUUCGUUCUGUUAGUAGUCCAAAUGUUGCUCCUCUAGAGAACAGCUAUGCUCAGAUCAGCCCAGAUCAAAGUGCCAUUUCUGUGCCAUCUCUACAGAACAUGGAGACCAGCCCCAUGAUGGACGUUCCCUCCGUUUCCGAUCAUUCGCAGCAAGUUGUGGAUAGUGGGUUUAGUGACUUGGGGAGCAUUGAGAGCACAACAGAAAACUAUGAAAACCCAAGCAGUUACGAUUCUACAAUGGGUAGUAGUAUCUGUGGAAACAACUCUUCUCAAAACAGUUGCUCAUACAGUAGCCUUACGUCUAGUAACCUAACACAGAGUAGCUGUGCAGUGACACAGCAGAUGUCUAACAUGAAUGGAAGCUGCAGUAUGAUGCAACAAACAAACAUCAAUUCUCCUUCCACUUGUAAUGUGAAAUCUCCCCAAGGCUGUGUUGUUGAAAGGCCUCCAAGCAGCAACCAACAGUUAUCCCAGUGCAGCAUGGCCGCUAAUUUUACACCACCUAUGCAGUUAACGGAGAUCCCCGAGACUGGCAAUGCCAACAUUGGGUUAUAUGAAAGAAUGGGGCAGAGUGAGUUUGGAGCAGGGCAUUACUCACAGCCAUCUGCCACCUUCAGCCUUGCCAAACUGCAACAGUUAACUAACACACUUAUGGAUCAUUCUUUGCCUUACAGCCACUCAGCUGCUGUAACUUCCUAUGCAAACAGUGCCUCUUUGUCCACCCCCUUAAGUAAUACAGGGCUCGUUCAGCUUUCUCAGUCUCCACAUGCUGUUCCUGGAGGACCCCAAGCACAGGCUACCAUGACCCCUCCCCCCAACCUUACUCCUCCUCCCAUGAAUCUGCCACCUCCCCUUUUGCAGCGUAAUAUGACUUCUUCGAAUAUCGGAAUAUCCCACACCCAAAGACUGCAGACUCAGAUGGCCAGCAAAGGCCACGUUUCUGUAAGAACCAAAUCCACCCCUCUGCCCCCUGCUGCUGCAGCCCAUCAGCCGCAGAUUUACGGGCGUGCUUCACAGACCGUGGCCAUGCAAGGACCCGCACGGACCUUAACGAUGCAGCGUGGUAUGAACAUGAGUGUCAAUUUGAUGCCAGCCCCAGCUUAUAAUGUCAAUUCGGUGAACAUGAACAUGAAUACCCUUAAUGCUAUGAAUGGUUAUAGUAUGUCCCAGCCAAUGAUGAAUAGUGGAUAUCACAGUAAUCAUGGGUAUAUGAAUCAAACGCCCCAGUACCCUAUGCAGAUGCAGAUGGGGAUGAUGGGAACUCAGCCAUAUGCACAGCAGCCAAUGCAGACAGCACCCCACAGUAACAUGAUGUACACGCCUCCAGGGCAUCAUGGCUACAUGAAUACAGGCAUGUCUAAGCAGUCUCUUAAUGGCUCCUACAUGAGAAGGUAGGCCCUUUGGAGAGCCGGACUACCAAGCUGGCCUAUUGGAUUGAUCUGCACAAAUAUCUUUUGGAGAGUACGAUUUCAAAACCAGCAAUUGGUGUGAAUGCAAAAACUUUUGUUGGCACCAUUUUAAAGCUGUAUGCAGCAGAAAGCCUUAUACAAGUUUUUCUUUUUUUUUCUUUAUUUCUUGUUUGGUUUUUUUUUUCGUUUGUUUCAUUUUGAUGUUGUGGAUUUCUUUUUCAUUUUUGUGGGUUUUAACUCUUUUUCUUUGGGGGGAAUUAGGUGGUUUUCCAUUUUUUUGGUUGAUUUCAUUGAGCUUGAAGUUCUCUGGAAAGGAAGAACUCUUUCUAUGAACUGCAACUACACAGCAGCUGAUGGUUCAGAGCCAUUUUAUGUGCCUGCUCCCAUUAAAAAUGUGGAUAAAUAGACUCCAAAACUAUCAGACAGUACUGGAUCGUGAGCUUUUUUUCUCUCUCCUUUCCCCACAUGUAAAUGCCUUUUAGCAGUUCUUUUAUUGUAUUCUUUUGUUUCUGAAGGUGACACUUCUGCAUGCCGCUAAUGUCUUUGUUAGUGACAGUGCAUUUUGUAGUACUGUACAAGUGUUGUGCUUAACAGUAAGCCAUUUCUUAAUUUUUUUGCCUUGAUUAGGUUACCCUAGUUUGAGGGGUAAAAAAACAGAACUAUAUUUUUGUUAAUUAUAAAACUUGUAAAAAAUAAUAAAGGCUGCAAAAGCUAUUCACAUCUUGGUUAGUUCAAAGGGUUUUAUUGUUGUAUGUUUAGUGUAAAGUUGAGACUAUUUUCCAUUUUUGUGACCAGUUUCUUUGGGGCUGGGAUAGGAAAAAGGCAGCUUUCUGUUUUAUAAAUACUGUUAUGUUUUUUGUUGAUUGAAACAUCUCAGUGUUUAUUUGUCAAGUUUUGAAACAUUUUCAUAUAUGUCCAAAUACUUGGCAGGAUUUAAGAAAAAAUAGUGAAUUUGGUGUAAAGUUGCUAUUUUAUGGAAAUGCCUCUAACUUUACAUUUUCAUUCCAUCUGUAGAUUUUUCUAUCUUUAUAAAAUAUUGGAGUUAUUUUUUAAGGGAAAAAAAUAGAGCAGUAGCGUGUGAAUAGCUCAAACUAAGCUUACAGAUCGCAUGUAAAAAGGCAAAAGUUAUUUGUGUCUGUUUAUAUUGCUUCCUUUUUUUGUAGCCUUUGUACCUGUACAGAGUGACUGUAAGGGCCGAACAGAAGAGGCUUGAUACAUGUAAAAAUAGGACCCAGUGACACUCUUGUAUUUAUCUGUUAUCUUUUUAGUCAGUCACUUAAAAAAAAAAAUACACAAAAAAACCACACAAGAAACAAAAAUAAAAACUGCAAAAAACAACAACACCCCACCCCCAAGCUGUACAUUUUAACAUAAAAUAAAUUAUGAUGAGCCA